GUGGGCGUGGCCGGCCUGAGGACWCGUGGGGCACUAGCCUUGGGUCCCUCCGGCGCGAUGCGCUCAGUGCGGGCGCGCUACCUCGUGUAUUUCCAGUACGUGGGCACUGGUUUUAAUGGAGUCGCGGCCGUCAGAGGCUCCCAACGUGCCAUUGGAGUGCAGAACUACCUGGAGCAGGAGGCCGCAGAGCGACUGAACUCGGUAGAGCCAGUCAGGUUCACCAUCUCCAGCCGUACCGAUGCGGGAGUGCACGCGCUGAGCAACACGGCACACCUGGAUGUCCAGCGCCGCCCGGGCCAGCCGCCCUUCUCCCCCGAGGUGGUGGCCCAGGCCCUCAACACUCACCUGAGGCACCCAGCCAUCAGGGUUCUGCAGGUCUUCCGUGUGCCCAGUGACUUUCAUGCUCGCCAUGCAGCUACCUCCAGAACCUACCUGUACCGUCUGGCCACUGGCUGUCCUGGUCCUGACCAGCUGCCUGUGUUUGAGCGAAACCUUUGCUGGGCUCUCCGAACAGACUGUCUGGAUGUACCUGCCAUGCAGGAAGCUGCCCAGCACCUCCUGGGGACACAUGACUUCAGUGCCUUCCAGUCAGCUGGCAGCCCGGCUGCUAGCCCAGUGCGCACACUGCGCCGAGCCUCAGUAUCCCCUGGCCCCACCAGUCCCUUUGUCCUCCCCGAGGAAAACAGGAAGCUGCACUUCUGGACUCUGGAGUUCGAGAGCCAGUCUUUCCUGUACCGACAGGUGCGAAGGAUGACAGCUGUGCUAGUGGCUGUGGGGCUCGGGGUUUUGACWCCCACCCAGGUGAGGGUGAUUCUGGAGAGCCAAGAUCCCCUAGGCAAGUACCAGGCCCACCCUGCUCCAGCCCAUGGGCUGUUUCUGAAGUCAGUGCUGUAUGGAGGCCUCAGGGACCUUGGUCCURCCUCCUGCACCCUGCAGGGUCCACAGUAUGGAAAUGAUGACCCUGGCCACAGAACCCUAGGUCUGGCUGUUGARCCUGGUCACCUUGAUCAACAUACAUAGCACAUCCACCCCUCUUGCUUCCUUUCGAUCUCAACCUCCCCAGAGUCCCUGCCACCCUGGACCACCCCCCCUCUGCCCUUGAGGAGGCUGACACAGAUUGGGGU